UUCAAGAGUUUUAUUCUGCUAUGACAGAUCUUUGGGAUCAAUUGGCUCUUACAGAAUCAGCAGAAUUAAAGGCAUGUGGUGCCUAUAUUGAGCGUAGAGAGCAGCAACGAUUGGUACAGUUUUUAACAGCACUUCGCAGUGACUUCGAAGGACUUAGAGGUUCAAUUCUGCAUCGUACUCCACUGCCUUCUGUUGACUCUGUUGUCAGUGAGUUAUUGGCUGAAGAAAUACGUCUUCAGUCUUAUUCUGAAAAGGGAAUUCUUUCUGCUUCAAAUCCUUCUGUACUAGCAGUACCUUCUAAGCCAUUCUCUAAUCAUCAGAACAAGCCUUACACAAGGGUUGGCUUUGAUGAGUGCAGUUUCUGUAAGCAGAAAGGUCAUUGGAAGGCUCAGUGUCCUAAGUUGAGACAGCAGAAUCAAACUUGGAAGUCUAGCAGUCAGUCACAAUCUAAUGCUCAUCGACCACCUCAGGGUUAUAAACCACCACACCACAAUACUGCAGCAUUAGCUUCCCCAGGCUCUAUUACCGAUCCUAAUACUUUGGCUGAGCAAUUUCAGAAGUUUCUCUCCUUGCAGCCACAAGCAAUGUCCGCUUCUUCCAUAGGAUCUGCAGUCUCAGAAGCUGAUUGGGACAGGCCGUAGGGAGAAUGGACUAUAUAUUUUGGAUGAGUUAAAAGUGCCAGUUGCUGCUGCUGCUACUGCUGAUUUGUCUUCUUUUCGUUUGAGUCUUUCAUCUUCUAGUUUUUAUUUAUGGCAUUCCCGUCUAGGUCAUGUUUCAUCUUCUCGCUUGAGAUUUUUGGCAUCCACAGGAGCUUUAGGAAAUUUGAAAACUUGUGACAUUUCUGAUUGUAGUGGAUGUAAAUUGGCAAAAUUUUCUGCUUUACCUUUUAAUCGAAGUAUUUCUGUUUCAUCUUCACCAUUUGAUUUGAUUCAUUCUGAUGUAUGGGGACCUUCUCCUGUUUCCACAAAAGGAGGGUCUCGAUAUUAUGUCUCUUUUAUUGAUGAUCAUACUCGUUAUUGUUGGGUUUAUUUAAUGAAACAUCGUUCUGAAUUCUUUGAGAUA